AUGAAGGGGCUCUUCGGCAUCGGCUCGCGAGGCAAUGGGGUAAGCCGCUCUUCAUCCCUACGAGCAUCAUCCCUCCUCGCCGGGGCACCCUGGGCGUCGAACACCCCUUCGCCCGCCACGCUGCCGGUCAAGAAAGACCUCCAGACGCCACAGAUAACCCCGCUGGAGAAGCGUUUGCAAGACAUGGGUCCUAUACGUGGCGAUGGUAGCGACAAGUUCUUCGGCAUGGAAAACUACGGCAAUACUUGCUACUGCAAUUCGAUCCUACAAUGUCUAUACUAUUCCGUUCCCUUCCGCGAGGCCGUGAUCAACUACCCCCAGCGCACGCCACUAGAGAGUCUUGAGGCCGCCCUCGCCAAGAACCUGCGAUUCCCAAACCCCAAUGCACACCUAGAAGCCGAGGCGCAGGCCGCCAAGCAGAAGGUCCAGGCAGCGGCAUCGCCAUCCGCCCGCCAGGCCGGCGUGACGCCCAACCAACCACAGAAACCGGAGGAUAAAGAUUCGCCGGAAUACAAGAAGAAGGUGGCCCUUCAAACUCUCCCGAUAUUGGAAACAAAGAACAAUGCCAUGAGUUAUGGCAUGUCCGAGUCCCUCUUCACCUCGUUGAAGGACAUUUUUGAAUCUUUGGUCGGCAGUCAGUCUCGAAUCGGUGUCAUCCGACCACAGCAAUUUUUGGAUGUCUUGCGACGGGAGCAUGAGAUGUUCCGGACGGCCAUGCAUCAGGAUGCCCACGAGUUCUUGAACUUACUACUGAACGAGGUUGUGGCGAAUGUGGAGGCUGAGGCAACAAAGCAGAACUUUGCGGAAAAAGCCCUUCCGCCGUCAGAAAGCGUCGAUUCUCUAAGCACAAUGACCCCUAGCUCGGGUUCUAAAUCACCUAACACCACGAGAUGGGUUCACGAAUUAUUUGAAGGGACGUUGACGUCCGAGACCAAAUGCUUGACCUGUGAGAAGGUCUCCCAACGUGACGAGGUCUUCUUGGAUCUUUCGGUGGAUCUUGAGCAGCACUCGUCGGUGACAUCCUGUCUCCGAAAGUUCUCAGCCGAAGAAAUGCUUUGUGAGCGGAAUAAGUUUCAUUGUGAUAACUGUGGAGGGCUUCAGGAAGCCGAGAAGCGAAUGAAGAUCAAGCGACUGCCUCGUGUGUUGGCUUUGCAUUUAAAACGCUUCAAGUAUACGGAGGACUUGCAGCGGUUACAGAAGUUGUUCCACCGCGUCGUCUACCCAUAUCAUUUACGGCUAUUCAAUACCACGGACGACGCUGAGGACCCAGAUCGACUUUAUGAAUUGUACGCUGUGGUUGUUCACAUCGGUGGAGGGCCUUAUCACGGCCAUUACGUCGCUAUCAUCAAGACUGAAGAUCGCGGCUGGCUGCUCUUUGACGAUGAGCUGGUGGAACCGGUGGACAAGAAUUAUGUGCGCAACUUCUUUGGCGAUCGACCUGGCCUGGCCUGUGCAUACGUCCUUUUCUAUCAGGAGACUACCCUCGAAGCUGUGCUCCGAGAGCAAGCCCAAGAGGAUCAGGCCAAUUCGACAGUGCCGGUUGAGAACGGAGAGGCCGGGAAGACCAAUGGAUACCCCUUGUCAUCCGGUCUGUCCCACGUCCACAGUGCCUCUCAAGUGCCAUCUGAGAACCCGAACCGCAUAAAUGGCAUUCACCGAAUCCCCACUGCCCCUCAAAUGUCCACGCAUCCCGAAGCGCCCGAGGCGGAGGCGGAGGUUCCACAGCCCGUCUCAUCACCUCAGCCACCACUGCCUCCAAUCCCGGACGAACAGCCUCCUCCUCUGAGUCCGAAGAAGAGCGACGUACAGUCUCGCAAAGAAAAGGCGAAGGAGGAGAAGGAGCGCAAGGCAUUAGAAAAGGAGAAAGAAAAGGCCGAAAAAGAGCGAGAGCGGGCUGAUAAGCUCCGUCGCAAAGAAGCCGAUCUGCAACAAGCUAGACAACUGAUGAAUGAGAGACGCGAAGCCGAGGAUUUCAGACGGGCCGUCAAAGCCAGCGAAGCCGAGAUGGCAAAGAACAGCGAUGGCUCUGAACUUGGCCCUGAGAUUGGGUCGCCGAGGAAACUCAGUUUCUUAAGACGUGGAAGCCGAAGUCUCAAGCUCAAGACUGGGCAAGGACAAGGAGCCUCGCGUCUCAACAUCGGAUCUGCCACCGAUCCCGACGCCAGUCCCCGAAGCACCUCACCACGAAGAGCCUGUUCAAUCUCCGCUCUCUCCGAAGGAUUCUUUUUCCCUCGCGAACCCCAAGCUAGUUUCACGAAAUAG